GAGAGGCUGUGGCUGCUUCUGCACCACCCACUUAAUUUCCAUACAAUCAACAGGAAGACUGGAGGCCAAGGAGAGCAGCCACACUCUGCAGGAGAGGAAGGACGUGGAGGUCCAGCUGUACAGUCAGAACAAAGGGAAACAAUCAAGGCAAAGGAAUGAGCAAGAAUCAGAAAGAAGUGAAGAAAAUCCAGACGGUUUAUCUGCAGAAUUUGGAAAAACUAAACCAGGGGAAAAAGCCAGACAAGAAAAGUUGGAAACCAAAGGAAGGAGACUUUGCUGCAGCGAUGGAAAAACUGCGACAGCCUCCCACAGCUGGAAAAGUAACCAAAAGCUCAGCACACAGAAUCAGCAGAGAUCUUACCUGCUCCAUCUGCCUGGAUCUCUUCAAGCAGCCGGUGUCCUUGCCCUGUGACCACACCUUCUGCCAGGGCUGCAUUGAGGGUUACUGGACCGGUCCCCGGGGUCCCAUCCAGGGAAGCACAGGCUCCUGCCCUCAGUGCAGAAAGGUGUACCCCGGGCAAAGCUACAGGCCCAACCGCAUCGUUGCCAACAUAGUGGAGAGCUACUGUCAGGGUCUGGAGGAGAGCGGGACUGGACCUCGUCUGGCAGAUGUUGGAGUGCCUGCUCCGGUCCCAUGCUGCAGCAGACACAGAGAGGAGCUGAAGCUUUACUGUGAGGAGGACCAGGAGCUGGUGUGUCUGGUGUGUGGUCUCUCCCAGGAGCACAGGAAUCAUACCAUGGUGUGUGUCCAGGAGGCUGAACAGAAGUAUAGGGCGUCUCUAAACAGCUCCAUGGAUUCUCUUAAAGCUGAACUCAACACGGCGCUGCAGUGUGACAGGGAAGUCGAGGACGAGGUUAAAAAGCUGAAGGAGCACACCGCUGACCUGAAGCAGCGCAUUGAGGCCCAGUUCAGCGACCUGCACCAGUUCCUGUACCAGGAGGAGAAGCUGCUGCAGGUGAAGCUGAAGACGGAGGAGCGCAGAGAGCUGAUUCGGCUGGACGAGCACAAGGCUCUGCUGUGUGUGGAGAUCUCUCGUCUGCAGGGAGCCGUCCACGAGAUAGAGGACAAGCUGAAAGAGCAAGACGCCUUCACUCUGCUCCGGAGCAUCAAAGUCCUGCUCCAGAGGCCUUCGCUGAAGUUUGAAAAACCCACGUUUACACCGCCCAGUCUGUGCGAGGGCCGCUUUGCGGGGCCCUUGCAGUACAGAGUGUGGAAAUCCAUGAAAGGAAGCCUUUAUCCAGUUCCAGCAGCCAUCACAUUUAACUCCAGCACGGCCAACGGAUGGCUCAGCCUGACCUCCUCCCUCACCUGUGUUCGCUACCAGACCUUUAACCACACCGUGCAGGACAACCCCUCCAGGUUCAACGCCGCCCUGUCGCUGCUCGGAAGCCAGGGCUUCACCCACGGGCGACACUACUGGGAGAUUGAAGUCUACAGCAGCACAGUCUGGACCGUAGGGGUGGCCCGAGAGUCGGUGCCCAGAAAGGGAGUCAUCAAGGCCCUCCCAGCCAACGGCUUCUGGACUCUCUCCCUGUCUUACGGGAUCCAGCACAUGGCUGGCACUUCGCCCCCAACUGUUCUGUCUCUGGAGGAGCCGCUGGUCCGGAUCGGAGUGUACCUUGACUACAAGAGGGGCCUGGUGUCCUUUUACAACGCAGAGUGCAUGACACACCUCUACACCUUCAGGGAGACCUUCAAGGAGACGCUGUACCCUUACUUCAAUCUGGGUUUCCUGGAUAAAGUGCAUGAAAAUGAGCCUCUCAAAGUUUUCCUACCAAAGAUUUAAAAAAAUUUUUUUUUAAAAAGGGUGAAUAUAAGAACUGAAGAGGGACAACAGAGGAACACACACACAUAUAUAUAUAUAUACUUUCCAUUGUACCGAAUUAGAGAUUUGUGAUUAUUAGUCCAAUAGAAACAGAUGUCUCAUAAAGAGGCCACGUGGAGCUUUCAAAAGCAACGUUUAAAUUCAGCGUUACUCACCAAAUGUAUAUCUUGUAUCCCUGAGGUGGAACAUGCAUUCCUCAUAAAACAUUUGCAAAAACUGUUUAUUCUGGCAUUGGCCAUCAUGUUUGCGGGUGAACGGUGUCCCGUCGUCUUCUUCUUGCCUGACUUUGCUGGCGCAUUGCAGCCACAUGUGUGUGUCACCGCCACCUGUUGAUCAGUGGUCGGACUGUGCUUCACAUGAACGAGACAGGAAC